CUAUAGGCCUCAGGAGUGCAAGUCGCUGAUGAAGUAUGUCGUAUUUUUUAUGACAUGAAAGUUAGGAAAUGCUCCACACCAGAAGAAAUCAAGAAAAGAAAGAAGGCUGUCAUUUUCUGUCUCAGUGCAGACAAAAAGUGUAUCAUUGUUGAAGAAGGCAAGGAGAUCUUGGUUGGAGAUGUUGGUGUAACCAUCACUGAUCCAUUCAAGCAUUUUGUGGGAAUGCUUCCUGAAAAAGAUUGCCGCUACGCUUUGUAUGAUGCAAGCUUUGAAACUAAGGAAUCCAGAAAAGAAGAGUUGAUGUUUUUUUUGUGGGCACCAGAACUAGCACCUCUGAAAAGUAAAAUGAUCUACGCAAGCUCUAAGGAUGCAAUCAAAAAGAAAUUUCAAGGCAUAAAACAUGAAUGUCAAGCAAAUGGGCCAGAAGAUCUCAAUCGGGCUUGUAUCGCUGAGAAGCUAGGUGGAUCCCUAAUUGUAGCUUUCGAAGGAUGCCCCGUGUAGCUUCAUCAUUCAGUGCCACAAAUCAAAAGCUUCCGUCUUUAAAGUUACCUUCUUGCUAUAUAAGUAAAGCAAAUAUUAUUUAGGCCAGGGUCUCACUGAGGGGAACUGUCCUGUCAUCUUUUAGACUUAGCUACAUAUUCUAUAAACACAUGCAAAUGGCCCUAAAUAAAUCUAAAGUCUACAGUUUUAUUGGUGUGAAAUUAAAUUCCUAUUGGCUAAACGCCUGUUUUGAUGUGUUAACUUACACAGAUUUUUAAGCUCAUGAUUUUUAAUAAUGCAUUUUACAGGACAGUACAAGGCCAUGUGAAGAAAAUUACAUCUUUGUUAACCUCAGCAGUUUCUUUCUUUUGCUUAAGAGAAUUGGUCAUAAUCUGAUUUUAAUUUUGGCCCAAAUUCUUUAUUCUUCCUUGAGCUAAACAGCGUAAUGGGGUACAAUUCUCCUUGUAUGUGUGCAACACUAACACACUAACAACAGUAAGAUUAAGUGAGGCGGUCUUGUACUCCCACCACCUGAGUAAUCGAGACUGCCUUAGAACUGUGGCCACUGCAGUCCAUGCUGAUCUUGCAAAAAGCGCUAUUUCAAGCACAUUAUUGGCACACAGGAAGCAGCCCCUGCACUUGCGCUUGCUAGUUGGAGACUGUUCUGCAAGAGUCACUUCGCAUCUUGGAAAUCAUGAUGUGUUCUCAGGAGAAUGUGCAGUGUCUUCUAAUGACUAAAUAUGCAAAUUAGGGCUCCACUGUAAUCUGCUUUGUUAAUGAAAAUGUCAGUAUAUUGACAAGCUAGAACACCGUGAUAUCUUUGAUUGUGUCUCCUUCAGAAGUUUGCUGCUUCUGGUACAGUACGUAAGGUAUGGAAGACUACUGAAUACCUUUGCUCUGGGCCUGGGAGAACUUAACCUAGAGCAUACACUUGUCAUUAGCUGAAUAUGAGAUGGGGAGCAGGUACCAGGGAGGACACUUGCAAGGAGCCACUACCCAGUGACACUUGGAUGCACUUGUCAUUAACAUCACAGGCGCAACACUUGGAACAAUACAGAGAUGCACGAACAGUUGAACUUAGAAGUAGCAGUACUGGCUUUAUGUAAUAAAGGAAGCAUUUUUAACUUA